AACCACUACCGCAUGCUUGCAAGCUUUUUCCAAAUCAUUCUUCUUUCGAAUUUGCUUUUUAGCAACAGUUUGAUUCAACUGCGGUUGCGUAAUAUUCUCUCCAAAACAUUCUACCUUGCAUUUCGCCACGACAUUGGCGUUCUUUACUUGUGGUUCCAUAAAGUUGAAGGUUUUAAUCACUGCUAGUGUGUCGUAGCAAAUGUUAUGCAAGCAGAGUGAAUUAAAAUGAGGUUUUCUGAUAUUUUUUCUUGCGUGCUAGGAAUCCUGUUCUUUUUUCAUCAUACCCAAGCUAUCCCUUCGGGAAACAGAAGAGUUACGUGCUCGAAAUCGGAAUGUCCAAGAUCUCUUAAAUUCCGCUACUCUCCUGGCAAAAUUUACUCUUACCGAUAUGAAGCGAACGUGGCCUCAUUUGUGGACGGCGUUAGCGGAACUAAGGAGUCCCGGAUUCAUUUGUCGGCUAAAGUUCACUUUGAUGUCCAUACCCCUUGUGACUGGACCUUGAGAGUUCAAGAUGUUACCUUACAAGACUCUGAUCCAUCAGAUGCGACGCAGAAGUCAACCGUUCCUGGAGAAGUUGCUUUUAAAGAGACGCUUGAGCGCUCUGACUUGUCUUUCACGUUCCAUGAUGGCGGAGUGCCAUACAUCUGCCCAUCGAUUGAUGAACCGGUAUGGAGUGUUAACAUCAAACGGGGCAUCUUAUCUUCCUUUCAAAACACCAUGGCUCGCUUCGAUAUAGACCACGAAAGCCUAGAUACCGACGUCUUAGGAAAAUGCAAAGUCGAUUACGUUUUCAACGGUGCUUCGCUGAACACCAUUAAAGUUAUGAAGACUUACAAUCUCGUAUCGUGCACCAACCGUUACGGUUUUUCCGACUCGCUACCGAGUGUACCUUAUCGAUUCUUUGGGGCGGGCUACGAGUCUAUUCCUUUGACGAAUUCAACAAGUUCAUGUGAACAAACGAUUGCAGCACAUCGAAUCAUUCAAUCUGAAUGCGAAGAGAAACAUGUGCUCCGUCCUUUUUCUAACGAUGGCUCUGGUGCUACUACCACAGGCCGGCAGUCGCUUGUAUUUAUUGACGAAAUGCCGAUUGAUGAGAACGAAAAUGGUAAUAGUGCUGUUAAGGAAGAAAAACCACGGAAGAAAGCCUCUCUUCUCUUUCAGCAUUCGAAUACCGGACACGGUAGUGGUACUGAUUCGGCAAUUUCUUUACCUCGCAUCUUGCAGAGUCUAUGUCAGAACACUGAGGAAGGUAUUGAAAAUGAAGCAGCUGCAGUUUUUGGUCGAUUAGUAAGAACUUUAAGAACCAUGGAUUACCUUGCGCUGGGAGAACUAAUGACGUCGGCAGACGAAAUGUGCCGUGAUGGAAAAGCUGCCAGGAAACAUUUGCUAAAUGGAUUGAUCGGCGCAGCAACGAGUGACGCAGUUGCAGCUAUGAAAGAUGAAGCUUCGACCGGAAAAGUAGACGAAGAUUUGAUUGUUCGAUGGAUUACCUCUCUAGCUUUUAUACCAAGACCUACAGGCAAACAUUUAACUGCUGCAUUACCUUUAUUGGACAUGGCUUCUUUUUCCCGUCAAGCCAGUUUAAGUAUUUCAUCGAUGGCAAAAAAGCUAUGUAUCAAUGGUUGCAGUAGUGAAGUCUCUCAAUUAGUUGGCAAGCUUAGCAAGCAAUUAGGCAAUGCCUGUCAAUCAAGAUCAAGAGAAGAGCGCGAAGAGAUUAUUCUUGCGUUAAAAUCGCUGUCAAACGUUGGGGAAGCCAUUUCUGGAGAUCAUCUCAGUACUCUCAAACAGUGUUUUGAAGAAAAGGACAAUCCAACUGAAGCCCGAGUGGCUGCGUUAAACGCAUUUAGGACGACACCUUGCCAUAUCCGAGACAAUACAGCCAUGAACAUUCUAACAGACAGUAGCGAAGAUUCCGAAAUCCGCAUUGCAGCCUACUUAGCAAUGAUGAAGUGUGCCGACUACCAAACCAUUUUAACCGUUAAGAAUCUUUUGGCAAAUGAAGAAGUAAAUCAAGUUGGUUCUUUCAUCUGGACGCAUUUGAAAAAUUUGGCGACCACUUCAAUGCCGUCGAAGCUGGAAAUCCAAGGUCUUGUUCUCGAUCAGACCCUCGUCGACAAAUUUGACACUGAUGCCCGAAAAUUUUCAAGGAACUACGAGAAGUCAAUUUUACUUGAUCAGUAUAAUGCUGCUGUCGGAUUGGAAGGCAAUAUCAUUUUCUCUCAGCAUUCCUACUUACCUCGAUCGGCAUCCCUUAAUUUGACUGUGGAUAUUUUUGGCCAGUCAGUUAAUUUGUUUGAGGUUGAUGGACGUAUCGAGAGCUUUGAACGGUACAUCGAAUCGCUUUUUGGUCCGGGUGGGCUUUACCCACAGAAAGAAGUAGGAUACCUAUUGGAAGGUUUGCGCUCCAAACAGAAAACGAGUCCAUCCUUGAAUCAGCUAGACGCUGGGAAACUCCAAAUGAUGGACGCACAGUUCGAUGCUGGUAGCCGUUUCAAAGAUGAACCUGAAAUGUCGCUUUCGAUGAAAAUCUUCGGAAACGAAGUAGGAUUCGGACAUUGGGAAGGACGUAAAGAAGUUUUAGAAAAUAUUCAAAAACUCAAUCCAAUUUCGAAACUUAAUCAUUUGAUGAACGGAGAAGAAAAACAGUUCAGCUAUGCUGCCCAGUAUAUCGAUUCCACCCAUACAUUGCCGUUAGCAAUCGGUUUGCCGCUGAAUUUGGUGGCUCAGGGUCAAGUGGUUGCUGAUAUACGGGGAAACAUGCGGACGGAUCUCAAAUCCAUAUUUUCACGUGGCCAAGGGGAAAUUGCUUGGAAAAUUCACCCUAGCGCGGCCAUCAACUUCAACGGAGCGAUUACGAUUGAUGCUAUAGCAGCCAAGGCUGGAGUAACUUUGGAGGCAACCUUGCACAGUUCCAUAAGCACUUCAGGAAAGUUUUCCCUUGACGGUUUGAAGCUGAUCGAUGUGCAAAUAGAUUUACCCCAAGAGAAGGCUGAGAUAAUUGCUUUCAAGAGUGAGCUUACAAUUACCCAUCGUAAACUGAAAUCAUCGUUGCCGGGAAUAGAAGAAAACCGUGUAGAAAUGUCAGAUUGCACACGUGGUUUGACCCAGCGCUAUCUCGGCUUGCAAGUUUGCUCCCAAAUUGCUUACCCAAACGCCUCUGACGUGGAAUUUGUGCCAUAUUUCCCAUUGACUGGGCCUAGCCAUUUGAGCAUCGAGUUAGUCAAAACCGAUCCGGCAAUAACAUCGUAUCGUUUUCUCCAUAAAGUAGAAAAUGAAGAGACGAAGAAAGCGUGGACGUUGAGUUUCCGACCAGAAGGCGCAAAGGAGUCGAAGGAAGUUGGCGUCAGAGCUGGAAUUGAAUAUAAGGAAACCGAUUCCGGUUUGUUGGAGUUUAUCUUAAUGCUCCCAAGUAACAGCUAUGAAACUAAGGGUACGUUUAAAUGGAAGGAAGAAACAAAAACAGUCGAAGCCUCUCUUUUGCGGGAUACACAAGAAAAAUUACUUGUAGCCAAAGCUAGCCUGAACCGUUCUGCUUGUUCGAAGCAAUCUGCUGCGCUUUGCUACCAGCCCAAGUUGAUUUUGAUCUUGAGCAACAAAAAACUGAUUGACCUUAAUGGAAAUAUUAAAUUAACGGAAAAACAAGGCAAGCGCAACUACGAAGUUGGACUUAAUUCAACAUUAGGCGAUUGGCGAACUAUAUCUAAAGGAUACUACUUAAUGGACGAUACGUCACACGUGUCUAAUCUUACAAUUGAUUACACAUCGAAUCCCCGAGAUCGUCCAGAAAGGAUUCAAAUCGAAGUUAAAAUGAACAAAAAGUCCUCCCAAGGCUUGAAUCAGUACGAUAUACACCUAGGAAUAGAGCCAACAGCUUAUCCGAACCGAAACUUUGUCGGCACCUGGCGUCUACAGCGUGGGUUGGGACACCUGGAAAAUGUAUUGAUGAUGAAUGUUGGGUCAUUGCCUCGGGAGAGUCGCAAUUCUUUAACGAUUCAACAAGGAUUUAGUUAUUCUGUCGGACUGAGCCAGAAUAUUAAAUUAAAAAGCCAUUUCGAAAUGGCUCUUCCAGCAAAGGGACUUGAUGUCGCUUUGAUUAUCGGACACGAGCAAACUGAGUACAGAACAGAUUCAGUAUUCGUUGGAAGAUAUGCACCUGGUAAGGAACUUCAGUGUGGGUUCCUUUUUACCAAAAAUCCAGGCAUCCUGUUAAAGGCAAGCGGAGCUUUCAAUUUAACGUUGCCUUCACAACCUGUUAUUAAACUAAGCGUAAAUAUCCAGGAACAGUCCAAAAAUAACUAUCGGGUUGAUGCGGAUGGAGUUUGGGGACAAGACACUGAUUUCCAGCUAAGCAGUAGAUACGACAAUCAAGUCAAGAGCACUCAUUCCAGCCAACAAUUGGUUGUGGAAGUGACUGGUUCUACUAUAUACCCUACUGAAUUUACCUAUACCUUUGAAACCAACCUCACGGCUUUAGAAGUUCGACUGCAAUCGAGCUACGGAAAAGAUGCGGUGUCGAUCUAUGUCCUGCAAGAAAAUCCGACGAAAGAAGAAAGAAAGGUUGCUACAAAAAUUAGUUACCUUAAUUAUCUCCACACUGUUGAUGCUUACUGGAAGGAACUACCGGAUGGCAAGCAAGGAAUUCUGGAUGUUCACAUAGACAAGGUAAUGGACUUAAGAAGUGAUUUUAGCACAGAUGUAGCCGCAAACGGACGCCGCGAUGUCUCACUGGAUGUACAAUGGGACCCCAAUCGCAACCCGCAAAAGAAAUUCGUACUUAAAACUUCAUUCGAACCGUCGAACCUCAAUGCCGAUGAUUGGACAAGUGCUGUCAUUCUCAGCUAUCCUGGCUCGUUUGUCAGAGGAAGCCUUGCGGCGCUAACUCAAAAAAAUAAUCGAUCCAUUUCGGGUAUUAUUGAUCUGGGAUCAAAGAAAACUAUCAACUUUCAAGCUUCUACAGUCCGAACUGAUAGCGAAUUAACAAGCAAAGUAGUGCUUGAGACACCUUUCGACGGAUGGAAAUUCAGCAAGGCUGUUUUCACGUCAGAGACACAUGACCUGCAUCAUAGAACUCAGAUCAUGACUAAUUGGGGAGUAAACAGCUUUUUUGAAAUCGGGCUGGAUGCCCGACUGGAAAAAGGCGUAGAGUCAAAAACCGCUGAAGUUUCAUGUGGGUUGAAGAGUAGCAUCGAACAAUUACAGAACUUCCGAGUUAUUGCCAAAGGUGAAAUGCUGCCUAGGGUGUUGGAUAAUUCGAUAAAAAUUCAGUGGGGAAAGAACCAAGAAAUUGGACUUAGUUCAAACUUAGAAUGGAGUUUCGAUGGCCAGUUCAUGAUAAAAAGCAACACUGAUUUAACAACACCGUUUCCACAACUGAGUCAAGUAAAUCUUGAAUUUUAUCAUAAUACGGAAUGGGAGUCGGCCCAAAUUUUUGAAACCAGAGGAUCGUUGGGCUUUAAUCAGCUCAAAUACACAGUUCUUCUCAAAGGAGAAAACCCGGAGUUGAACAAGCGCUGGGAAGCCUCAGCAGUGUUGACGACGCCUAAUCCUAACUAUGCGGUGAUCGGCCUGUCAUCGCAGUAUGUUGCUGAUGAAAAGCAACCGGCAUUUGAUUUGCAAAUUAAUUGGCCUGGGAAACAAGUCGGAGUUAACUUCGUAGCUGAUAUUAGCGAAGGAUCUCAUGGGGGGCGAUUGCAAAUGAAGACCCCUUUUGAACAACUUAGAAAUUUUACUGUUGACGGAUCUUUUUCGCCACCUUCAUCUGAUCCUCACGGUUUUGAGCUUGAUCUUGGAGCAAGAUGGAAUGCCAUAGAAUAUGUGACAUUCAAUACAACUUGGGACGUGGAGUCCUUAAUGAAUGGCGAUUUGUUGGUCGACCUUAAAACGUCCUUCCAUCAACAUGAAAACUAUGGAACCCGAUUGAAACUGAACAUAGAUCUCGCCGAAUUUCCUUCUGCCAGUACUAUGAUGACUAUCACAUUCCCGUCAAGCCAGGUUGGAUUCGGAGCCAAUGGUUCCAUGUCAGAGAUAGAAGAUGGAUCAUCACUUGACAUUGUGACUAGACUAGAAAUAACCGGAAUUCCAGAAAUAACGCUCAAUAUCACGCAUGAGACUCGAGGUCCUAUGGAUUUCAAACUGACUACCCAUUUGUCAAAAGGUGAACAGUUUUAUAGCCUGAACAGCUACGCAACAACGAUGGAUGAUGGACACUUUGUCGCCUCAUUAGGCGCAACGACACCCACAUAUCGGUUGAGUGAAGCUGAAAUUCGAAUUCGAUUCCUUAAAAAGAUCAUUGACUUGGCGUACGUAGAACUGGCCUACGAAACAGGGGCCAAAUGGAAAGAAUUUAACGAAGAAAAAACAAUUUCUGGUCGCUUUCACUUUCUUACUUCAGUGGAAACAAACGAAGAAUUUAUGGAGAAAUCAACGACUAAUUUUGAGUUCAAGGUUGCAAGCCCUCUGGAAAUGAUCCAGCGGUUGACAGUGAAAGCUAAACUGGUUAAUGAAAACUCAGAACUGUUACCCAAAUUUGAGGCAAUCUACAAUAAUCAUACCCUGGGUCUCACUGGAAACAUUAACUUUAUCACUGAAAGCGCCAGCAUAGGGAUUAUACGGAAAACGCCGAAUCAGCCUAAGCCAUUGAAUAUCCGGAUGAAUUCUACUUGGGCUCUAGAAGAUGAUAAGAUUCAAGUCAAGGGUGUUGUAACAACAAACGUACAAGGAUUCACCCGUAUUCCAUGGAAACUAGAAAUAACAGUUGUAGAUUCCGAAGAAGACGAAAACGUCAGGGAAAGAAUUGUGGUCGGUGAAGCACGUCUAAGUAACUCGCAGUUCAUCUUGUUAAAUGCAGCUCUGUUACCCGCGAAACUAACAGCCAACGUAGCUACACCUUUUGCAUCAUAUAAGAAUGUGAAUUUGACGCUCGACUAUGAACAAGCUAGCGAUUCAGCAACUGCUAUCACUACGGAAGUUCGCAUCAAUGAAGACCUUUUGAAGAUUACGUGGAACCUUGAUUGGCCACAAGACAAUACGAUUCCAGUUUCUUCCCAGUUGACGGUUACCACACCGUACGACUAUGAUCACCUAAUGUUCUCGUGGAUAUCUGAAGAUCCUCUAAUGGCUGCCGAAUUGUUGACUUCUUGGCAUAUGAAGAAUCAGCCAAACAACUUGCAAGUGCGCUACAACUUGGACUUAACCACUUUGGAAAAAAUAGAUGUCGACCUUAAGCUGGAGAUGUAUGACGAACCACAAAAAGAGUUGUGGGCAUUCCGGUUUAAUUCCGAUACAUCGGAAAAUUUCACUGGUCUGGUAUCAGUUUCUACUCCGUUGAAUCAGUUCAAAAAUGCAGAAUUGUCGGCAUCCAAAGUAGACAAAGUCUACAAGUUGUCAGCUGUUGCAGAUACUUUGCCUAUCUCAGGAAAACUUAUAGCAAAUUUCUCGUGGAAUGAUCAAGGCGAUAUUUCCGUUGAUACCAAUUUGGAAGUUUUGCAAUUUUGUCAGUUUGACUUGAAAUUCAACAUGAAACAAAAUUACAGUGAUGCCAUUCUCGACGCGUCUGCUGUGUGGGAUCCUUUACUUAUACAGUGGGGAAUCAAAUCUAAACUGAAGCGAGAUGGAUGGAGCAAGUAUUCAUGGAACACGACAGUGUCAUCGGAUUCCGAACAGAAAUGGUUAUUCGACAUAGACGUGGACUUCAAAAAUAUCUCAAAGCUUUACAGUCACAAAGUUCGCUACGAAGCCGUUCACGACAAGACAUUGUAUAGCACGUAUGGUUCUCUGUCUAGAGAAGACAUCCAAUACCAGGGUCAACUGGGAGUCGAUUGGGGGGCAUCCAACCCGAUCGAAAUGAAGUUUACUAAUAAAAAAUUGGCGAAACAACUGGGCAAUGCUAUCAUAGAAAUCAUAACUCCAUGGUCGAAAGAGCCAUCACUUGUAGUUGACGUCACUGUCGAUGCUCGUCAACAUCCCGUCGAGCUUAAAGUGAAUGCUGAAGUGGCAGACAGGAUUGUGAUUAUCGGCAUGGAUGCUAAGUACAGUAGCUUGGAUUCUAUGGCGGCCAAAAUCAAUCUUAUAACGACGAAACCAUGGAUGCCAAGGGCCUCGUUGAAACUAAAUGCUCAUCGAGGACGAGUUCGAGGUCGAGAGUCGUUCAACGGAUCUUAUGUGUUAGAAUGGUCGGACGGUUACGCCGUAGACGUCAACGUUUUCCGCCAAGAAACAGAAAGAGAUUCCCACCUCGGUGGAAGAAACGUUGAAGGCUUCGUUCAGGUGAAAUCUUCGUGGAAUAAGUUACCGGAGGCAAGCGUUCGUUAUUCCAGAUUUGUUAGCCCAACUGUCACAGAAUCAGGAAUUUCCCUCAGCCAUAACUUUACAGAAAAAAUUAAAGUUGCCUACAAUUCAACUGAUAAGUCAUCAGCCGGCCAUGAAAUGAACGAUGGGCAGUUGGAAUUCAGUGGAACACUAUUUUCGGGAGGGUUUGCCUUCAGCCGCUUGUACAAGUAUAGUGGUGGAAAAAAUGGUGAAAACUUGCCAACAAGUCUGAACCGUAUUUUGGAGAUUUACGAAAUCGGCAAACGGCCCCACUUUAAUCUUCGAGCUGAAAUUGUGGAGAAAGAAACGUUCACUGGCCAAGAACAGGUGCUCAAGCUGUCAUCUCCGUCCCGAACCGUCGAAUUCCGUACCCACUCGGACUUCCCUGACGGAGUAUUCCGACACGGUUCUGAAUUCCGCUGGAGGCCUGACGCAACAAUUUCUUACGAAAUUGACAUUGAAAACAAGACUACAACAACAGCAACGGAUUAUGUUAUGACAACUUCGCUAAUUACGCCCGUCCGCAGCUUAGGUCUUACUGGAACAUUAAGGCAGACGAAGCGUAAUUUACGAGCAGUUGGCGAAGUUGUUUGGGAUUUAAACCGAAGGGAUAGUGUUGCAAAAAUGACCGUCACGUGGGAAAAUACUACAAAAACUAGAGAUGUGGACGUAGAUCGUGUGAAAAUAGCAUUUUCCCAAGGCAACUUACCUCAAGAAUUGGCGAUCUUGACUGACAUCCGUCGCAGUACAAGACAUCCACUUGAUAUGCGCACUGAGAUUCAGUACUCGAACGAGCCAGAACGGAAACUUUUGAUAGGCAAUUUAGUAACAUCUCUCCCCGGCAACUACCGAUAUGAGAUGAACAUGACUCACCAAGCAACUCAAUUAGAACUACGUCAGAUAUUGGCGUAUGAGCGCAAUAGUACUGGCCGUGUUCAACUGACGCACCUUUUCUCGCAUUCUCGCUCCGAUUCGGAACUUAUGGUUCUCGAACACUUGUUUGUGCUGGAUCACCAAGAAAAAAAGCUGGUUUUUAGUGCGUCGUCUCCAACAAUGACUUUACGGCACCUCGGCCAGCUAGUACAAUCGGGCAACACUUCACGCAUGACGUAUGAAAUUCAACAAGAUGAUGCGACACCAAGAACCGCUGAGUUAACCUAUAGCAGCAAUCUUCCCUUUGCACGCCUUGUGGCGCAAUUCAAUCCAGAGAAUAAUAAGGGGCUUUAUAUGAACGCCGGAAUGCAGGAUAGGCGCCAGGUUAUUCUUGAAUUGUUCAACAUGGACGAUCAGGAACGUAUUCCUUGCUUUGAUUUUGCUUUCCGCCUGAAUAAUUCACGUCUCGUGACAUCCAAGACUCAGUGGCCAACUGACUGGAAACUUCGCUUAGCUCAAGUAGUUGAUCGAACGCGAGACUCCCUUGCUCUAACUGCUGAUCAGUGGGUAUCGGCCUUCCUGCUUAGUUCUUUCUCUGAAACGGUUGGAUCCAUUCUGACGUUAGGAGAUGAUAUUGCACUUGUACUGGACACGGCUCUACUGAACUUUGGCGAAGAAAUAACGAAACUCCAGGAAGACGUUGAACGGAUGAAGCAAAACAUCAUUGAAGGUUACUACGCUGACGCCUUCUUCGCAAAGCUUAUUGUCGAAAUGGGUGGAGCAAUUAUUCAAGAUAUUCCAUUUGGCUCAUACGCUCACAGUUUCAUUGCGUUCAUUGAAAAGACGGGCAAUCGAAUUUUGCAUCCAUUUACAAAUGAGGAAAACAGCUUCACUCGUUGGCUUGCUCAUUUGGGACAAUAUUUCGGUGUCCUCUCUGAAACUUUGUCAAGUUGGUUAGGAGACCAGUGGAAUUGGCCAACCGAAGGAUCUUCAAAAUUUCUGGCAGAAAUGAACGAGGUUUUCAGCAAGAUUGCAGAAGAAUACAAUCACUUCGUCGAGCAGUUUUGUAACAAUUUCUGGGAGUCUAUACCUGAAAUCGCAGUUCCGCUACGUUCUUUGUUACACAAUUCUUGGAAUGAUAUCUACGCUGUUAUCCGCCCUCUUGUUUUACGCAGCUUUGUCAGCAUAGAAGCAGCAGCUUGGAAUGUGACAAAAGAACUUUUGGACUACUUUUACGUACAUCGCAAAGCUGUCGUGGAAUCUACAUACUUUCAAAAACUUUCGCUUCUACUGGACGAUCUCAAGCAGUUUUAUGUAGACAUGCAGAGUACCGAUUGGCCAUCCAGGAUCCGAAAAUAUGUGACACGUGCUGGUCACUUUCUAAAAGAAAAAUACUCAGACUUGGACGACUAUUUGUCGUGGCUAGUCAAAAUACGAUCUGAAGUUGAAAUGAUAUAUCAAGGAUUCUUGAAAGAAAAUCCCGAACUGCAAAAAGGAGCGGAGAAUUGGCUGAAAUUCAUGACACUCAUUCAGUGGUGUUACAAUCACAUUGAUUUUAACCAGAAAAUGGCGGACCUUGUUGCAUUGCUGCGUGAGAGAGGAGCUGAGUUGUGGCGUCAAACUGUCACAGACGCUCAGUUGAGAUAUAUGAUGCAGAAAACGAUGUUCAAAUUCAAUCCUGAAUUUGGAUAUAUUGUACUAGAACAGAAGCUACCGUUUCCUUGGAUCAGCCUCGAUGAAACUCCUCUGUUUGACCAACUUCCAGAAAUCCAGAAGGUGCAAUCGUUGGUGUCCUUCUUCCAGCCUUCCAACACCAGUAUGAUAGACGUGCUGUUCUCCUACCUCCCUAGGCAGCAACAGCUAUCCAGUUUGCUACCCCCUUUCAAGAGUUCGGCCCAUUUGAUAGGACUGCAACACUUUACAACUUUCGAUGGUCGGCACUUCGAUUUCGUCGGACCUUGCACCUAUCUCCUCGCCCGAGACUUUUUAACACAUAACUUCACGCUUGCCGUGCAAUAUGUCAGCUCUCGCGGCAAGCCGUAUGCUUCUGUCUUGCAACUGUUAAUUGACGACGUUCAGUGGGAUCUUGAUUUGCACAACCGCACCAUCCGUGCGAACGGAAUCACCCAAAUGUUACCAACUUUUGGUUCUCGUACCGAACGUGGCACUGCUGCGUUUUAUGAAAACGGAAAGCUUGUCAUCGAAUCCUUCGUGAAAGGAGUUCGCUUGGAGUGCAUUAUGGUGUACGAAGCCUGUACUAUUACGUUGUCUGGUUGGUAUAACAACAAGGUCGCUGGCAUGCUGGGUACUAUGGAUAACGAACCUACGACCGAUCUUAUUUUACCUAAUCGCUCCGUCGAGCUAGAUCUGAAUUCUUUGGCCCGUUCGUGGGAUGUUUCAACUAAAAAGGAUUGUAAAACUAUCGAUAACCUUGCUCGUAAAAGCGUGGCUCAAGAGGAUAGUCUAACUGAACUGUGUGCUAGUUUUUUCCAGAGCCAGAGGUCACAGUUGAAGAAGUGUCUGGCAGUGAUUGACCCCUCGCCUUACGUAAAUAUGUGUCUGAUAAAAAGCCGUGUGAAAGGAAGUGUCCAAGAUGGAUGUCAUGCUGCAGUUGCUUACGCUUCUGCAUGUGCUGCAAAAGGUGUGCAUCUCCGUAUUCCUUCACAAUGCAUCCGUUGUCCAAUGGAAAAUGAAUCGUUAUUAGAAGGAGAGACGAAGGAUACCAACUUAGAUAAGAACAGCCGGCUGUCGUCUGAUGUAGUGGUCUUACUUGACCUGAAGAAAUGUAAUGAACCGGAUGCCAUAUCAGCCCGAUUCUUGCCUUCGCUAAUCAGCACUCUUGAGAAGGAACUUAUUAGCCAAAAAAUCACCAAAAAUCGCUAUUCGUUGAUUGUUUUUGGUGGGCAAAUGCCCUACGAUAGUCCUCGAGUUCGGACCGUCAACGGUCAAGAAUUCGUUGCAGCCAAAGAAACAGCAAACCUUUUCGAAAAUUUACCUUACGGCAAUGGAGUAGCUGGAACUAUGGAUGCGCUACGACUGGCGUCUCUGCUCAACUUCAGACCAGGAGUGUCAAAAACCUUUAUUCUGUUGCCCUGUUCUAGCUGCCAAUCUGACCAUGGCUAUGAAAUAACUUCGGAAUCGUUGCUGGAGCAAGACGCGACAAUUCAUGUUUUGACGAAUGGAGAAUUCCGCUUCACAAAGCAUAAUGUAAGCCGUCAAUUUCUAGGACUUGAUGCUACUACGGGAUUUACGCCAAAAGAGUUCAAAGGUCGGUUACUUGGUGAUGCUGAUCUUCGACGUCAAGCCCGACUACCACGUUCCUUGCUAGGCAUAUGUGCUCCUAUUGCCCUUGAAACCAAUGGAACGAUAUUCGCUGUUUCUCGCUUACGUGAACAGCGCAAAAACUCCGGCGACAGCAAACGCGCUCUCAAUGUUUGGGUGAAACGAGUUGCUGCAACAGCUCGCACGGCUGAUUGCCAAAAGUGCACAUGUAAUCUAAAGAACUAUCACGAAUCAGUUUUAGAUUGCCGAGUUUGUACUCCUAGGAUGACACCUACCGUUGAUACCUCCUUUCUCUUCGACGAGGCAACUCAACAAAAUUCCAGCAGGAGUAAUAGGAAUCGUUCAAAAGAGGAAUAGGGAUGCAGCUCGACGAAAAGGAGGAACAAGAAAUUCCUCGAAUUAAAAAACGAGCAUAACGUGGAAUAACACUAAAGCUUUUGCCAAGUUAAACAGGCAAAAUGUCCCUUAUUGGCUACUUUUUCUGUCUUUAAUUCACAUUUAACAGGUUGUUGAAUGAGCAAGUGAUUCGAGUGUAUUCAAUCCAAUAUCGAUCCAGUCAUUUGCAAUACAAGGUAAUCCUA